UGAGCUAGAUCAGAGUGGCCUGCCCGACGUUGUUGGGUGGUGAGGUUGCAGUAUAGUACGGUCGCAGUUGAGUAAAGAAAGGAGGGGUGGUCUGGACAAAGCACAGUAUUUUCAGGACUGCUGAGGAGCAAUGGACAGUGCGAAUAAAGCAGGCAAACAUCUGAAGACGGUUGGCGCAGUGAAGAUGGUCACUAUUCCAAAGUACUAUGAGGGGAAGAAUGUGCUCAUCACGGGGGCCACAGGCUUCAUGGGGAAGGUCCUGCUGGAGAAGCUGCUGCGCUCCUGCCCCACUGUGAAGGCCGUCUAUGUGCUUGUUCGGGAGAAAGCGGGCCAGGCGCCCCGUGCGCGCAUCAUGGACAUGAUCAACUGCAAGCUUUUUGAUAGGCUGAGAGAUGAGCAGCCGGGCUUUGCAGAGAAAGUUGUGGCUGUGAGCAGUGAUCUGACCCAGCCGGAACUGGACCUGAGCAAAGAGGACCAGGACAUUUUGGCUGACUGCAUUAACAUCGUCUUCCACUGCGCUGCCACUAUCAGAUUCAACGAGCCUCUCAAAGAUGCCAUGCAGCUGAAUGUUCUGGCCACACAGAAGAUGGUGGCGCUGGCCCACAGGAUGAAGCAGCUGGAGGUGUUCAUCCAUGUCUCCACAGCCUAUGCCAACUGCGACCGUGCAGUCAUUGAGGAAGUGGUGUACCCACCGCCUGUCGACUACAAGAAGCUUAUCGACUCCCUAGAGUGGAUGGAUGACAAGUUGAUCAAUUUAAUCACACCAAAGCUCAUCGGGGACAGGCCUAACACGUACACAUACACCAAGGCCCUGGCGGAGUACCUUGUCCAGCAGGAAUGUGGGAACCUGAAUGUGGCCAUUGUACGACCCUCAAUAGUGGGUGCAAGUUGGAAAGAGCCCUUCCCAGGCUGGAUUGACAAUUUCAAUGGACCAAGUGGGAUAUUUAUUGCUGCAGGAAAGGGAAUCCUUCGAACCAUGAGAGCCUCCAACAAUGCAGUUGCUGACCUGGUCCCAGUGGAUGUGGUCAUCAACACCACAUUGGCUGCUGCUUGGUACUCAGGUUCUCAGAGAUACACAAGGCCAAAAAGUGUGUUGGUCUACAACUGCACAACUGGUGGCAUCAACCCUUUUCACUGGGGAGAAGUUGAGUACCAUGUAAUAUCCACUUUCAAGAGGAACCCCCUCGAGCAGGCCUUCAGACGGCCCAAUGUUAAUCUAACAUCCAAUCACCUUAUCAAUCAGUACUGGAUUGCUGUAAGCCACAAGGCACCAGCUUUCCUAUAUGAUCUCUACCUCAGGAUAACCGGAAGACCGCCCAGAGUAUUGUAUAAACAUGACCUUCAAGACGAACCCCUUAGAGCAGGCUUUCAGGCGCCCCAACGUAAACCUGCGGUCCAACCCCUUUACCAAUCAGUACUGGACCACAGUGAGUCACACACUGCCCGCGCUGCUGUAUGACGGGUAUCUCAGAUUGACGGGUCAGAAGCCCCGGUAAGGUCCACAGUGCCUGCCCUCUCGCCCACCUCCACUGGGUGCCGGUCACGUGGUGUGGCAGGGGGGAGGACGCAACCCCGGCUGUUUGCUCGACUUCAUGGCAUCGGACUUGGCACGACUGCUGUCACCACGUGUCAUGAGAUGCAUGGGAAUGGUUUGGCUUCCUAAACAAGCAUGUAGCUCAAGAGCAUAACUGCAUUAGCAACACAAAUGCAGCUGAGCUCAUUGUGCACACACGCAGUGUAUAAAUUUGGCAACAAGGAUCCUGUUUUUGUUUGGCGCUUCAUUUUUAUUUAUUUAUUUUUUCUGCUUGGAAAAGGAUCCACCGCUUUCUUUUUUUGACCAGUGAAUCAAACACCACACUUGAAGCCAUUCCUCUCCUGAGCCGUGCCAUCAAGUCUUCGGAAGUGACCUGGGAACUAUCUGUUGCAGUGUCAAUUUCCUCUUUCAAUCAGGCACUUGACUGGGAGGGACUUGUUCACUCACUUGGGUUUGACUGACACCAGAUACCAAGCAUCUACUCAUUUUUGGCUGGCUCCCAGCUUGCUGCCAUGUAAGUGUGGCUUGACCCGAUACCAGAUUCUUGUUUUCAGAGCAACAGAGUAUCUUUAGGCAUGCUUGAGGAAGAAGUUUGAGGAGAGUAAGUUUUACAGAAGCUGUAUGUGAAUUGUUCUCUCUGGCAUAAGCAGCAGCCACCUGAAACUGACUGGUCAUGGACAACUUGUGCUUUUCCCUGCAAGGAUUAACAGGGCAGCUACACAGAUUCCAGGAAAUGAGCAUUGUAAACCCUUGUCUUUAUACUUUUUAAGUCUUUGGUAUGGGUCAUGUAGAUGGUUGGUAUAUACUGGUGUCUGGUAUAUAUGAGCCAACCCCUGUUAAUCAGAAGGACAUUUUAUCAAAAUGAGUCUAACGUGAUCAUGGUAAUGUGUUUUCAGGGUAAAAUUGAAUUAAGUGAUUCUUUUUGUCGUUUUCCCUGCUCACCCUCUUAUGUUUUCAUGGCCUGAAACGAAGUGAUUUACUGUCAAUGUACCAGAUGCAUUCAACUUGGAAAGGGUUAAAAUGUCAUGCUUGUUGUGCAUUUUAAUCAUUCCAUCAAACUAGUUUGUGAUUUCAUCCCCUUCCUUGGUGGGAAACUGAGCAGUAAGUAGACUUAUGAAAUGAGUGUUUCAGAAGCAGGUGGCUAAUGGUAUGUAAGGUUGGUUUCAAGCCUCAGUCAGAUGUAUAAUCAAAUAAAUAUGGCAAGUAAAUAUAAAAUCAUGGCAAUGCAAAAUAAUAAAAAAAAAAUCAUUCAGUUGGAAUCCUAGCGGAAUUUAGUAAUGUUUGGCUAAACUGGUGGCCUGAUGCUUUAUCAGAAAUGCUCAGAUUUCUGCCAAGUCCACAGCAGCCUUCCUGUCCUCUCUGAUUGACAUCACUUGUCUCUCUCCAAUUAAGACAGGACAAAAUUGAGAUCAGUCUGGACAGGAAUGCCAGCAUUUUUCACCUGAUGAAUGAAUUCUGCUCUACCUUUCAAUGUGUGUGAUCUUGAUUGACCCACCUGUAAAGCAGUCCAUCUUCGAAAUACAGUGCACUCUGCUUAUAAGAAUCACAUCUGCCCAGGGCUGUUUGGUCCUUAGAAGUUUGUUUUUAAGCAAUGUUUUUCUCUUAUUUUAUCGAGAAAUAUAUUUGAGUUAGGCGUUCAAGUUCUUCAAACAAAAUGUAUUGGAAUUGUUCAGUAUUUUUAACAGCACUUUAUUAAAUAAAAAUAACAUGAAUGACAAAUUAUUUGAAUGUCACUGUGAGGCACUGUUUGAGCUACAGUGCUGUAGAUCUAGUCAGUGUCCUUGUUUAAAUUAAAUCUUAAUCAAUUUGACAAGUUAAUUUUGAAUGUCUCCAUGAUUGGCACCUUACAUGCUUGCAUUCAUUUUCAUGAUGAGGUCUCCUUCGUUCUUCAGUCUUAGAGAAUGUAGGCAGUGGAAUGACCAGUUUCUCAACUGCAUUUCUUUCACUGGUCUUAAAUCUGUUUUUUUUUUUUUUUUAUUGCUAGAAAGUGUCUUAUUCCUGCUACUUCUGUUUGCAGGAAAAUGUUCAGUUUAGGUAAAUGACAUAACGCAGAGUGCUAGGUGCUUUGGUAUUGCAAGAUAAGAGGUACUGUAUUCAAGCUCUGCUGGUGUUUUUUCAUCAAUUGUAAUACCUUACGCAAUUGACAUACGUGUUGUAAGUAGACCCAUAUUGAUACUUAUAAGUGGAUUGCUUGAUUCUUGGAAUAUUUAAACCACUUCAGGGCAGAAAUGUUUCUAUCUCAAAUGAUUCUGUUUUCAUUAUUAUAUGUGGCUGAUUCUUAUAACAGUCUUUCUUACAAGCAGAGUGCACUGCAUAGCUGUCUCGAUAAUUUUCUUCCACUUCACAUGUAAAAUACUGGAUUCAUCAGUUUGAACAUUUUUGAAUGAAUAAUGUAGUGGAAUAGAAUUGAUAUACUGAAAUGGUUGUUAUGGUGUCUUGGGUUGGGGGAAGGUAGGGAAUGCUGACUGGCAUUGAGUUUCUGCAUUGCUGUCAUUUUAUUUUCAGAUCAAAUUUUGCAGACUAAGAGAAGGGUCAAAAAUGGGAAAUUUUAUACAUGCCAGAGCAGUUUCAUUUGUGACCAGGCCUCUCUGUGCUUAAUGGAUAUCUUUAAGUAGCAGAUGUAGUUCUUCCCGAGAGUCCAUCUGUUUGACCCAGCUAAACAUAAGCACUGACUCUGAAUCCAGUAUAUUAACAAUUUCAUUUUGGGCCAAGAUUCCAUGAUUCAAUUGGGGAGGCUGAUCUCUGUUGAGAGUUCUAGGUCCUCCCUCCCUCCCUCCCUUCCUCUAAUGCCUCUCCCUUCCCCCUUGUUGCUAUGCUGACCCAGGAUGAUGAAGACCAUCACACGGCUGCACAAGGCCAUGAUGGUGCUGGAGUACUUCACCAGCCAUUCCUGGGAGUGGAACACGG